AUGUCUUGUGCCAAUUUGUUGUCCGCUUUCGGUUCACCUCGCUCUCGCGCCAUUCGAUCAUCGCUCCUUUCUGUGCCCAAGUAUGGCCACCGAAAAGGAUGGAUUCCACGAUGCGAAGCUGAUUACGCCGGCGGUGGUGCCUACCCUGAAAUCGACGUUGUGCAGUAUCCACUUGAUAUGGGCCGUAAGCCAGAGAAUAAGGGCAAUGCGCUGCCAGUCCAGUACGAUGUGGACGGAAAUAUUAAGUACGACAUGAUCUUGAGGCAGUCCUCGAACAAAAACAAGGUCAUCUACAGUAAACUGCAAGAUCUAUUGCCUUCGGAAGUGUUAAAUCCCGAACAGAUGGUCAGACCAGGAGACGAGGAGAUUCAAAAGUCAACUGAAGCCACGAAAGCUGCUCUGGAGAAGUUGACAAGCUCCAAAAUAUCUGCCGCCUUACCAGUACGAGCUGCUGAGAAGCAAGGGGAAGCACAGUACGUUCGAUAUACGCCAUCUCAGCAGGGAGGAGGCCACAACUCUGGAUCUGAUCAGCGAAUCAUUCGAAUCGUUGAAGUUCAGCAUGAUCCCCUUGAGCCGCCACGUUUCAAAAUCAACAAAAAGAUUCCACAGGCACCCCCGUCGCCUCCUCCGCCAGUCAUGCACAGCCCUACCCGAAAGUUGACCGUCAAAGAGCAGCAAGAGUGGCGAAUUCCGCCCUGUAUAUCCAACUGGAAGAACGCCAAGGGAUACACCAUUCCAUUGGACAAACGCCUGGCCGCAGACGGACGAGGACUGCAGCAAACGCACAUCAAUGAAAAGUUUGCCAAACUGGCCGAGGCGUUGUAUAUAUCCGAUAGAAAGGCCCGUGAAGCUGUGGAGAUGCGGGCUCAGAUGGAGCGGAAAUUCGCUCAGAAGGAGAAAGAAAAGAGAGAAGAAAACCUGCGACAGCUUGCUCAAAAGGCCAGAGAAGAGCGAGCAGGUAUUAGGCAGGUCGUUGAUGAGGACAGUGAAGAUGACGAAGUGCGUGAGCGUGACCAAAUUCGCCACGAGCGUCAGAAGGAGCGACAACGCGAGCGGAACAUUAUGCGUGCUGCUCCAGAGAAGAGGACACGGCUGGAGCGGGAGCGGGAACGCGACAUCAGCGAGCAAAUCGCCCUGGGAAUGGCCAAUCCACGCGCCAAUGCCACUGAAGUUCAGUUUGACCAGCGUCUCUUCAACCAGAGUAAAGGCAUUAGCAGUGGAUUCGGCGACGAUGAGGACUACGCCGUGUACGACAAAGCCUGGCGCACUAACCAAACAGCGCAGAGCCUCUACCGACCUUCUAAAACAGUGGACAACGAUACUUAUGGUGACGAACUGGAGCAGCUGUCUAAGAACCGAUUUGUACCUGACAAAGAGUUCUCCGGCGUUGAUCGAUCCACCAAACGAGACGGUCCGGUGCAGUUUGAGAAGCAAGAAGAGGAGGAUCCAUUCGGUUUAGAUCAGUUCUUGACAGAGGUGAAAAAGGCGAGCAAACGAACCGAGUCUUCGACUAACUACGAAAAUCGAAGCUCAUACAAGAAAAAGAGAGACUAG